CAGCCUGGCGUGGGACAGGGAAGAGAAAUGGCUGCAGUGGAGUCAGUCCAGGGGCUGGUGACCUUCAAGGAGAUGGCUAUGUAUUUCACCAGGGAAGAGUGGGCUCUACUGGGAUGUCAUGCAGGAGAACUAUGAGACUGUGACCUCGCUGGGCCAGAGAAUAACAUCCAUGUUUCGCUGCAGAUCAUCUCGUCCUCCCAGGGGCAAGGAAAUGGCUGCAAUGGAGCUGGCUCAGGGGCCGGUGACCUUCGAGGAAGUGGCUGUGUAUUUCUCCAGGGAAGAGGGGACUCUGCUGGACCCCACUCAGAGAGCCCUCUACAGAGAUGUCAUGCAGGGGAACUAUGAGACGAUGGUCUUGCUGGGUAAGGAUUCCUGUCCCUUCUGUUCUUGGAAGGGGAAAUGAAGAGUGAAGGUUCAUGCCACCCCCACAAUGCCAUCUGUACCCUGUCCUGUUUCAGCUUCACCC